UAUCUGGAAUGAUCUCAUUUUUGGCUCGCGAAAGGCGCUUGCCAAAAAGAAUGACCUCCAGCGCAUUGAUCGCCAAACCGUAAUAUCCACGWCGCUCCAAUAGAGGAAUGAUGUCCCAAAGAACAUAUGACAUACAACCUUCCCAAUUCAUAUGUCUCAGCCAAGGUCUUUCGAAGCAUAAUCUUGUUUCUUCUGUAUUUUUGUGAAUGUUUCUAUGCUCGAGAACGUGAGUCAAAACUAUUCCGAUCACACCCAAAAUUCUCUCGCAUUCGUUUGCUAGACGGCUAGUUUCAACAAUUUGCGACAUUCYGGCAUCUUCCGGGGGCUGUACGAUCAGAGUACACAAAGGCCUCUCGCAUAGAGGUAUUCCUAAUAAAAUUGAAACCUCUCGUUCGAUUUCUGAAAAGAUAGAUCCACUAUCUUCUUUUUGUACCUGUAGAAAACCUUGGAUGAUUUUGGCUCGACCAACUAUGGUCAGCAACUCUUGAAAGUCUAGUUCUGUUGUCUCUCUUGGAGUAUCCGAAGUUUCUGUAGACGAAUCUUCAGAAACUUCGAAGUCCCCAUCGUGACUCUCUCCRUCGCUGCUAGAAUUGCUCUUUGAUUCGGAUYUCGCUUCUCGAGCUCGCUUUCUCUCGUUGUAUAGCAAUAAGUCAUUCAGUUCGAGCAGAAAGUCGCAAUUCUCUCUGACUUCAACCCCUAAUUCCCACUGAUGAAAAUCUUGAAUAUCACGAAAUACUUGAAUAUCAGCUAAUUGGCUAAUAUUGUCAGCGAAACCCAAUUCUUUUGCUUUCUUGGUAAGAUUGUUCCYGUUCUCAUCUCCUUCCAUGACGGUUCCGUCACGGUCAUGACCUGUUGUGUGAUCUAAUUCUUUCACUACGAGAGGUCUAUAUGCUCGAACGAAGGAACAACUUAUAACUCUUAAUCUCCAGUCUUUUCCUGGGUAACAAACCGUGUUCCAAGAGGAUCCYGGUGGAGAUACCAAAUUUGUUCGCAACGGCAAUUUUUGCAAGUCCUUGGAAUGGGAAUCUGGCAAACUUCGCCAGGCAUUGCUACCGUUGUUGCGCAUAUCUCCUGGACCAGACGUGGCACACAAAUACAGUCGGCACGCUCUACGCAAGGUACGAACAGGAGCCUCUCGCAAUCGCAMACAGAGAACUGUUGACGUGAGCCUCAUUUCGGACUUGAAUUUCUGUAACAUUUUCAACAAUGCAUUGCAAAUGGUUUUUGUAGCGGAGCGAAGGAUUGGGGAUGGAACAAACUCGACCUUGCUGGCCUUCAGUAUUAUGCUUGAAGCCCAUUUUUCAACAAGAAUCUGAUGAACGUGUUUAAUGACAGGAAGUAUAGUGCUUCCGCUUCGAUUGUUGAAACUAUGGAAAAUGGUUUGUUGCUGGCACAUCUGUUUCCAAAUGAGAUUCUCCAAUGGUUGUCGCUGUUGUUCUUCAGUGGAUUUCGUCGAAGACGGGAAAUAAUUCGUUCUUGACUUAUWAUAUGCACAUUGUUUUCGUCCUCCGCCCAACUUGGUUAGUAUGGCGCGUCGUUCGUCUUCUCGGAGCAGAGAAGCUUUUCCUUSUCUUUUCCCUACUGUUCUGCCACAUUCYUCUUCGCUAUGAAAGGACCUUAUCAAACCCAUGUGAAACAGCCGUUUAAUAUCUUCGAGGAGAAGAGCCACAGCCUCCAUUUGAAGAUCCACACACUUUUUAUCAAUAUAAUCGUUUUCAUCUAUGACCGUCGUUUGUUUCUUUUCGCAGUUUCUGUGCUCGUUAUUACGUUGAGCAAAGAAGUUUGAUGGCCURUAAGGUUUUGGGAAUUCUACUGUUGCAGGAACAUCAAUGGCAGAAGUGUCCAYCUGUUUGGAUACAUUACACGACAUCGCACCUUUUUCUUCUUGCAAUCGGGGCUUCUUGGGAAGAUAAUAGCUUGCGUAAAUGUUAUCAAGACGAAACCAAGGUCCUUUCCGAAAAUACAAGCGAGCAUAGACUUCCAAACAUCGGUCAUCAGGAUCACUAUUUCCUCCUUCGGAAUGAAAUUGARAUUUGCUGUUUUUGGCAACGRUAGGAUUGUUACUKAUUUGCGUGUCGGUKUCAAUCUUGACAUUUUCUGUAUUUGCCUUCUUUCUGUCGUUCUCGCCACUAUCCGAUGAUUYAAAAGAAAAUUCCUGGCUUYCUUCGCCAACAUGAUUACCGACGUAUGAUUGUUCAUUUCCAUCGAUUGCGUGGUAUCUUCGAGACAAUGUGUGAAUUGCACUCAUAUCAUCUGCCUGUUCCCAUGAAAAAAGGCGGCUUCUGCGGGGACCUUCCACUCUCCACCUCGCGUCCCAUAAAAUUGCGUGGCAAAUUUCUGCCAGUGAUUGCAAAUAGGCAGAUGUUCGAUGGGGAAACAUAGAAAUAGGCAAUCCAAUUGUCGAUGCGGAUGACAAGAGCCCACUAUUAGGAAAACACGUGGAUGRUGCAAGUGGGGUCGCUGGUAUUUCUGACUUCGCAMCAGAUCUAGAAAUAUCCUCGUCGGUAUGCUGUGCCGUGUUGUUCGUUUUCCGAUCAUUCGAUAAAAAGGGUGGUGAAAACUCCGUGGCUCUCGAUGAAAUCGGAGACACGGCUUUUCUUUGCUCUCGUUCGCUGUACUCUGUGGUCGUCCCUAUUCUUUGCUGCGACGGAUAACGUGUGCAGAGAAGUUCGACAUCGUURUAAUYACCAUCGUCCCUGUCACCGAACAUGYACUGACYCCUUGGAAAUUGACAUGUCYCUUUCCCAUUAUGCACAUGGUAUGACGGUGCAGCGGAAUAAAGAUAUUUUUGUCUYUCAGAACUCCCAGMUUGUACAUCAUUGUUCGUCGAAGUAUCACCGAUGCAUCUAACAUCGGAUCUCAAGCAUCGUUCUGGGGAAGAACGGGACGGGAUACCUCCAUCCUCCAUCACCUUUUGAAAGACAGCAUCAAAUGGCAAACGGAUCAAAAUUUAAUUCUAAACCAGAAAGAAUGUUAGACAAUGUCCGCCAUGCUCAAUAUGAUACUCGUUCAUGUGUUGGCGCCAUCUUUCGGGAGAAACAAAUAACAAAUAAUGCUUCCACUUCGUAAGGUUUGUUUACCAGAAGUGCGGUAGUGUACUAGUAGAAUCGUACUAGAGUACGUACGAGUACCAGUACUCGUAUUCAAAAUCUGAAUCGUUGAWAAUUUUGAUCUCACUUUAAUUACUCUUUGUAGUUAUUUUAGAUAUGUACGUAGGGUACUCUGGUGCAGUACCGUCCGUCCAGUACUAGUAUGUACGGAACGAGUACCGUAAGUACGUUUUACGAGUACGAUACUCAUGCUUUGGAUCCAUGUUUUGAAAAACACGUCAUAAGCACUCGACCGCCAUGAUCUCAAAUGGAAAAUCCAACACGACAGAAUGGUUUUUCAAGAAUGWAUGAAGGCGCGUCAUACUACCACGGAUCUGCGAAACACCGGCAUUCUCAUCCCACAUUYCAAUCCAACAAUAGCACAGAAACGAAUACGACGAUGAAAAGUUCUUGCUCGGUUGUCUUGCUYCUUUCCUGCCUUGUAGCAGGAACCCACGGAUUCUUCCAAAAUGCGGCGAAGAAGGCCUCUCCGAAAAACUCGGUUUUGACCCAGGAAGCUGUUGAUAUCUACGGAGCCAGAUAUCCCUUUGAUCGAAAACCCCKCGAGUCCGGUGUUCUUGACUCUAUUUCAAAAUUUGGUAUUCCGACAACGGAUAUUGAUGGAACCAAAAUCAUKUCAGAGAAUUCUAMCCCUGGAAAGCGCAUUACUGACAGAUCGGCACAAGAKRUUGCUGCUGCUUUCAAUAAACUUGCUGCCAUCUAUGGCGAGGAACGAGCCAUCGAGAUGGUGAAGAUUUUCCCUAUCUGCCUGAGUUUUGACCCCAAUGCCUWUGCUGGAAGUUUUGGCGUCUGGAGUGAGAUUUUCGGGGAGGAAGAAACCAAGGACAUGGUUUSCCGAAACCCUGGAUUGUUGGCGGUGAAAGAAMAAGAUGCCGGAAAGAACASUGACAACACCAUGGCCUUUUCGUACAUUGUUGCUGCCACUCGACCAAUUGGUAUCCUUGGACCAGUUGGMAUCGGAAGUUUGCUUUCCGUUCCUGUCAUCGAAGGCACGACAGGCAUUGCCAUUAAGCAACCGUUCUUUGAUGCUUUGGGCAACAUUUUUUAAACGUUUUUGAAUACUUUCAACUCAUGUUCGACGUCGAGAUGAUUCCAUAUCUGAAAUUAAUACGUACAGUACGUGAUUCGUAAAAGAUUCGAAUAAAGAUGCCAGUAUCUCCAACAGAUUGCUWUAUGAAAGUUUGGUUCCCGCAAUUGUACAUUGUUCAAGGGCCAAGGACAGUGCAAAUACGUCGUGCGUUAACUCAAGACUGUAGAAAAUUGCAAAUGAUUCUUCUGCUACCCGAGGUCAGCGAUAGAGAGUUUUUCUUCAAGGCGUGUAUUGUAGAAGCUUAAAUGAAAUGUGUUACAAGCU